GUUCCUACCGGCCGGUUGGCAAACAUUGGGUUGCAUGCGCGUUUCGACAUGCAAUGGGCAGCCGUUUCAACCGCGUUCUGGGAGCGUGAUGGAGGGCUCGGAAUCCUGCGGCGGCCAAGCCUUGCAUCCUGGGGUCGCCACCAAGCGCGCAAGUCACCUGGUUGGCAUGGCCCCUAUGUCGUGGCCGCUGGAGUGGCGUGUGGUCAAAAGAGGUUCUCGGGCAAGUGCCGCAUCCGGAGAUGUGCCACCAAGGCAGAGAAAGAGGUGGGUGCGGAGCCGGUGUUUUUGGACAAACCUGGAAAUUCCUUCAACUCCUUUCGGCUGAUGCCCCAGGGCACCGAAGCAGCGCCACCUUCAAGCGUGAAGACACUGGCGCUUCAGGCGAUGGAACUGGAGGUGACGUUACUUUUCAUGGAAGCGGCCGUGAGUGCCCUUUGCGCAUCCUAUCCUGUGGGUUGUGUGAUGGCAAUCAGUGCAGCUGUCCGGCAUCGCUGGCAGAAUUUGCCCCAAGUCGAGCGGCGCUGCUUGUUGCUCACCUUGCAACAGCUCAGGUACUUGCAAGCCAGCGUCCCAGCCUUAGUGGCCGCCGCCUUGUCCGUGGGCAGUGCUCCGGUCUUGGGAGAAGGGACCCUCACGCGGAAGCAGGUGGAAGCGGCCUUUGGUCAGGGAGUGGCGACCCUACUGGUGGAACUUCAACAGUUCGUGGCCAUCGAGCGCACCCUUCGCACCUUUGAGUCCUUGACGCCUGGCAAGGUGGACCUGGCCAUGUCGCUGUUGACCGCGCAGCAGGCGCAGAGCCGCUCCACAGAGUCGUUGAUCGUCUUCCUCGCCAACAAGUCCGCCGAGCUGCGCGUGCGCUCCUUCCUCGCGCCCGGCACGGGCGGCGCGCACGCUGAAGAAGUCGAUGCACGGCGCGCGGAGCUGGGGACUGCGGUCUUUGCGGCUUUGGCCAAUCUCUUGGGUUUGGGAAGGAUCAAAGAUGAGAUCGAAGACGCUUCCUUCGCGAUCUUGCAACCCGCCCAGCGGAGCGAGCUCCGCAGGCGCCUGGCCGGGCCUGCGGGGGAAGCCAGGGUGACCUGCGCGGUGUCAGAACUGCAAGAGGCUUUGCAGAAGGGAAAUCCUCUGAGAGAUCUGUCAGCGCUCAGAGUGUCUGGAAGAGCUAAAUCGGCCUACAGCACCUGGAAGAAGAUGGAAAAGAAGAAGUUACGCUUCGAAGAGAUCUUAGAUCGUUUAGCCAUUCGUGUGAUCCUAGACGCCCCUUCAGCACAAAGGGCUGAAGAACUUUGUUUCGAGGUCCGUGACAUCCUGGCCAAGCUAUGGUCCUUGCGCCCCUCCAAGCAGAAGGACUCCAUCAACCAUCCCAAACCCAACGGAUAUCGCUCUUUGCACCUCAUCGCGGAACGUCAGGGGCAGCCCUUCGAGGUCCAAAUCCGGACAGAGGAGAUGCACCGUCAAGCGGAGUACGGUGCCUGCGGCCAUUGGGAGUACAAGGCGGGCGGGAGCGUGGCCAUGACGGAUGCCGCAGCUGGAGCAGGUGCUGAAAUCUUCGCAGAUUUGGAUCUGGAUGGCGAUGGCCGCAUUGACAAGCUGGAGCUUCAGCGGGCCUUGCGACGAGUGGAGGUUGAGGCUAGCCUGGAGGAAGUGGAAGAUAUGAUGAAGGUCUUUGAUUCUGAUGGCGAUGGCGCUGUAGACUUUCGAGAGUUUUGGAAGGCUUUGGUGACGACCUGGUUUCCAUUGGUUUCUGGCACGCAUCGCCCAAAAAGAACUUCGUGACCAGUAGAGUCUGUGUGUGGAUGCGGUUUUUGAUGUUUCAACCACCUGUCGUGCGUGACCCCCUUGUUGAUUUCAGAAGUUUUGCUCGCAUUUUCUAUUUUAGGGGGACGUGAACGAGCUGCCUUUUUGCGGCUCAAGCUCAAAACCGAGUUCGGAC